AUGGCCACUAAUACCAUACCAUCGCCUCCUAUAGGCCUGAAAUGGCGGUCUUCAACCCCUUAUAUUCUCUUCACGAUAUCUAUGGCCAUGUUCACUGACCUUUUUCUAUAUGGAAUAAUCGUCCCCACAAUACCCUUCAUUCUGCGCGAUCGCCUCGGCAUUCCUCACCAACAGAUUCAAUCAUUGACCUCCAGCCUCCUUUCCUCCUACGCCCUCGCCUCCGUACUCUCCUCUCUGCCCGCUGGCAUAAUAGCAGACAAGGUCGCAGCCCGCCAAAUCCCCUUUCUAGGAGGCUUGCUCUCCCUCCUCUCAGCUACGGCCCUCCUCUUUCUCGGCCAAAGCGUACCCAUCCUCCUUCUAGCGCGUAUCCUGCAAGGCAUUUCCGGAGCGGUGGUAUGGACGGUGGGACUGGCAUUGAUCCGGGACACGGUGGGAAGUGCAAACUUGGGCGUCACGAUUGGGAAUAUCUUUGCCUUUAUCUCGGUCGGCGAACUCAUCUCCCCUGUCAUAGGAGGAGUUCUGUACGACAAAGCCGGAAAUGCCGCGGUCUUUGGUUUGUGUUUUGCCUUGCUGGGUGUAGAUUUUAUUAUGCGGCUUGUGAUGAUUGAGAAGAAGACUGCGCUGAAAUAUGAAUUGGAUAGCAGGAUUUCUUCAGAGACCAAUUCGGUAAUAGAUGAUGAAGAGUCUGCUGCAGGCGAGACCUCGCCCCUUUUACAAACGGUAAAGAGUCGUGAGGAGGAGGAGGAGGAAGCAACGUGGAUUGUUCCAAAGGAUCAGCCAACAUUGAUACAGAAGUUCCCAAUCAUCUAUACACUUCGCAACUCACGACUGCUUGUCGCAGAGUUCGUAGCACUCAUGCAAGCACUCGUCAUCGGCGUCUUCGACUCCACCAUCCCCACAGAGACCGAAGGCUUAUUCGGGUUCUCUUCUCUCAAAUCAGGGUUAAUGUUCAUCCCACUCGUACUACCCUACCUGGUAUUUGGAGCCAUUGCAGGCAAGGGCGUAGACAAAUACGGUGCACGUAUUGUGGCGACAGUUGGAUUCGGAUGGAUGGUGCUCCCUCUUGUUCUCUUGCGAAUCCCACAACCAGGAGGAACAGCCGAAAUUGUUAAAUUCUGUGUAUUGUUGGCAUUCUCUGGCCUUGGCUUUGCGCUCAUCUCUGCGCCGUCCCUCGUCGAGGCUUCGUAUGUCCUCGAGCGAUAUCAUCACGCUAACAAGGAGCUUUUUGGCGAGGAUGGACCGUACGCACAGUUAUAUGCGAUCAACUCCAUGGUUUUCUCUGCGGGGCUCACUUUAGGACCUCUUAUUGCUGGUUUCUUGAGGGAAAAGAUUGGGUAUGGCAAUAUGAAUGCUGUUGUGGCGGGGCUGUGUGCUGUAGUUAGUGUGCUGAGUUGGGUGUUUUUGGGCAAGAUAGUGAAGAAAUGA